GUUUGUUUUUGGAAAUCGGACGCUGAUUGGCUGUUUGUGUGAGGAAAAGCCGGUUUAAACUGGGGGGCGGGAGUGUGUUCAGUUUGAAUCAGGGAAACAGCACAGCCUGCUCGGACCCCUAACGCACCGACACACGGAGCAUCCGGAUCAUUAGCACUCAUGGCCUCCCAAAACAUGGACCCCGCAGCGACAGCAGCUUCCUCUACAGCCGCUCUGAAGGGCAGUGAGAGCGGCAGCAGCUCGGCCAAAGGCUCGGUGUCCAAACGGUUACAGCAGGAGCUCAUGACUCUGAUGAUGUCAGGUGAUAAGGGCAUCUCAGCAUUUCCAGAAUCAGAUAAUCUCUUCAAAUGGAUCGGGACCAUUGAUGGAGCUCAGGGGACGGUGUAUGACGGUCUCAGGUACCGGCUGUCUCUCGAGUUUCCGGCUGGUUAUCCAUAUCAGGCUCCUCGUGUGAAGUUCGUCACUCCGUGUUUUCAUCCCAACGUGGACGAACAAGGUUUCAUCUGUCUGGACAUCCUGAAGGACAAAUGGUCGGCGCUCUAUGACGUCCGCUCCAUCCUGCUGUCCAUCCAGAGCCUGCUGGGAGAACCGAACAACGAGAGUCCUCUGAACACGGCCGCUGCUGAACUCUGGGACAAUCAGGAAGCCUUUAAAGCUCAUCUACACUCGACCUUCCAGAAGUGAAGCAGCUCCACUUCUUCUUGUUUUGUCGUCUGUGUUUGUACAAUAUUUUUAUGUUUGUUCACAGUGCUGUGUCAAUAAAGUUCUUAAUUC